GGUACCAUCGAUGCGUUUCGCUUUUUUUUUCACGUCAAUCGUAUUAUCGUUUUUGUCCUCCUUCGAUCGUCGUUUGUAUUUCUCCGUCGGCUUGAGGUUUCCCUGGCUUUGAAAAUAUAAUUCUACUCCAAAAUAAGUUCGUCCGAUAUGAUAUUCGAGGAGAAAUUGGAGGAAUGCGCCACGAAGAGGAAAAGCUACUUUUUGGAGGAGCACAUAAAAUUUAUGCUCCCCGAAGACUGCGUCCACAAAAAGGAAAUAGACAUCGACAACCUCGUAAAUUGCCUUGCCUCCUUACCUUUGUACGUGCGAGCGGGUAUCGCAGAGGAGGAUCUCACUGUUUCAGGUUGACACUACUUUUAUGAGGGUAGAGGACGGCAAUAUCAAACAGGUGGAAAUAGUCUGCGAUGAACUCUGUAGAGGCUGGGCCUUAAAUACUUUUUAGCGAUCUGUGCGAUAGCUGGCAGGUAGAGAGGCGCUACACUUGAAAGCCAGAAUCACAAGAAAAAAUGGACCAAAUCGCUGCUGAGCAUUAUGAGAAAUACAUUAGCCGGAUCAAGGAAAUUGAAAAAAAAAAAUUGCCCGAAGACACGAUGAAAUGUAGUCCACCUACAAAUGUAGCACUUCUAAAUGACCAGUUGAUAUACAAUUUUUAUGGGCGAGAAUUUUCUCGAAGCUGUUUUAGAGCUUUAAAGGACAAUGUAAAAUGUGAUUUAGAAUUUGAUGACGUAAUCUCAGAUGAUGAAAGUAAAAUUGAAACAUCAGAACCUGGAAAUAUGAUGAAAGUGUUCGAUAAUUUUGUCGCUGGACUUUGUGAAAGACACAAUAGAGUUGGAGUUAUGAGUUCAGAUGAAUCAGAACUGUCAAUAGAUUCGGACUAUGAUUACUACGAUGACUCGAAUAAAUAUUACGCUAAAAAAAUGGAACAUUUAAGUAAAUUGAUAAAAGUGACUGCAAGCUUGAAUUUUGAUCAAUAUUAUCCUCCUCGGAAUCUCAACAUCGAUUUUCAGAAUACGCCGUAUGACAGGGAGAAACCUGCUCCCCUAGAUGAUAUGAUUUCAAAGGCAGACAAGGCAUUGGAAAGAGUGAGGUUAAGGCGUCAAAGGGCAGAUAUUAGAAAAGAGCGUGAAUUACGAAGGAGGAAGAGACUAUUUUUAACACACGAAAAAACACCUGAAGAGAGCUCUGUAAGAAUGGAUGUGGCUGUUCCUUCCAUCUCAUCUUCUUCGCAUCUUUUGUGCGUCAGUGCCGAGGAGGAUAUUGAAAGCAAAGGUAAAGCUUCAAAUAAAAUAGCUCAGAAAUAUAAAAAAGGACGCGCAAGGAGAAAAAAACGAGGAGGAAGCAGUGAUGACGAUGAUGAUUUUACACAGUUAGAAGCUUUGGCCGAUAGAAAAAUGAAACAAAGAAGUCAUCUAUUUUAAAACAAAAAAAUUAUAUCUGUACAAUUACUUUCAUUUUGAAGAAAGUAAGAAAUAAAAUAUUUCUUUUUAAAUUAUAUGCUGUGAUUGAUUUGCAGCAUUUUAUAUUUUAUACUGUUGAUUUUCAAGAUCUAAAUACUCUCGUUCCUUAUGAUGUUAUAAUUGUUAAUAUCCUAUUUUUUCUGUAUUGAAAAAUGUUGAUAUAUAUAAUAAAUACUAUCACCUUUUUUCCCUUAA